GAUGACGUCCUCUCAGACGUCGUAAGGAGAAUUGGCGGGACUGUUCGUUAUUGUGAUAUGAGCUCCAGUCGCCUGUAAUUUUAUCGGUUUUCUCAACGUUUUUAAUGUUUCUGAGUGCGACUGUAAAUACGCACAGACGUUCUGCGCGUUGUUUUAACUAAAAGAAGAAGUUUGACAUGGAGUCUUUUCAGAAAGUGGAGAAAAUCGGCGAGGGAACGUACGGGGUGGUUUAUAAAGCCAAGAACAAGAUCACCGGGGAGACCGUCGCGCUGAAGAAGAUCAGACUGGACACGGAGACCGAAGGCGUCCCGAGCACCGCCAUCCGUGAGAUUUCCCUGCUGAAGGAGCUCAACCAUCCCAACAUAGUCAAGCUGCGCGACGUGAUCCACACAGAAAACAAACUUUACCUGGUGUUCGAGUUCCUCCACCAGGACCUGAAGAGGUUCAUGGACUCGUCCGUCACCGGCAUAUCCCUCGCGCUCGUCAAGAGCUACCUGUUCCAGCUGCUCCAAGGCUUGGCGUUCUGUCACUCUCAUCGGGUUCUCCACAGGGACCUCAAACCCCAAAAUCUGCUCAUCAACGCCCAGGGCGAGAUCAAACUGGCUGACUUCGGGCUGGCGAGGGCGUUUGGGGUGCCGGUGCGCACUUACACGCACGAGGUGGUGACUUUGUGGUACAGGGCUCCGGAGAUCCUCCUGGGAUGUAAAUAUUACUCCACGGCUGUUGACAUAUGGAGUCUGGGCUGUAUCUUUGCCGAAAUGAUCACCAGAAGGGCUUUGUUUCCCGGGGAUUCUGAAAUAGACCAGCUCUUCAGGAUUUUCCGGACCUUGGGCACCCCAGACGAGACUGUGUGGCCCGGGGUCACCACGAUGCCGGACUACAAACCCUCCUUUCCGAAGUGGGCACGGCAGGAGCUGUCUAAAGUGGUGCCACCCCUGGAUGAGGACGGCAGAGACCUCCUUGGCCUAAUGCUGAACUAUGAUCCCAACAAGAGGAUCUCUGCCAAAAACGCACUGGUUCAUCGGUUCUUCCGGGACGUGACCAUGCCCAUGCCCCCCUUGCGCCUCUGAGGUGCCCUGGACCGAGUGUUGGGUCCCGUGUUGGGAAAUUGUUCAGUUUUAUGAUAAUACAAACAAUUGUACAUUCCUUGUCACUCUGGUUCUUUGUUUUAAUAUAAAUGUUAUUUACUGUUCGUGAAUAUUGUGCUGUUAGUAAGCAUUUCAGUAAUAUUACCAGCGUUCCUGUUUGUAUAAGAGUUCAUAUCACAUGUAAAUCUGUUACAUCUCAAAACUGCAAAUGUUUUUUCUAAAAUGAGAUUAAAUUUUUCUAAUAAUUAAAAAAGCUGUUUGAUACUGCAUUGCAUUAUUACUUUAUAAAGAACUGUGUUAAUACUCACAAUAACAAUUAAGGUAGCGAUGUUUACCAAUUAACAUAAAAUACAAAUUCUUA